AUGUCUUUUCUUCUCUUCCUCCUGACUCCAUUUUGUUUUUCUGCUGAGAUGUUUUCACUUUGGCAAGCCAUUCUUCUCUCAAAGACAUCUUUGUUCCUUUCUUGCCAUCUUAUUCUCUUCUGCCAACUUUUCCCUUUUCCAUCUUCUCAGUUAUGCUUCUUUAACAAACUCAUACACCCUCUUCUUCUCAUUCUUCUUUUCUUGCACCUCUUUGUCACUUUCUCACUCACACAUGAUAUUUCUUUUGUAGUCUUCCUUUAUUCUUCCCAGUUUCUAUGCCAAACCAUUUUUUCAUUAUUUUCCUCUCUUUCUAGCCAAAUUUUUUUGUUCCUUUCCCUCUCUCCUUUAUUGUCUUUUCAUUUUCAUGUUCAAUACUUAACUUUUUCAGUUCAAACAGUUGCUGCAUCUCCAGCUUGGUUCACUGCCCAUAUCUUUUCUUUUCUCCUCCCCAACCAAUCAUCCAUAUCACCCAGGUUCCCUAACCUCACACUCUGGACUUUCUUUGUCCAUGCUCAGACCAACCCUCUCCUGCUCAGUCUGGCCCUAAAGCUCUCCUCAACAAUCAUGGUCAGUUUCUUCUUUGUAUCUCUCCCACAAAGUCUCUCUUUUGCACAUUCUCCCUUAAACUGA